AUGUACUUCUCCAAGAUCGCUGUCGUCCUGUCCCUAGCCCUGUCGGCCAUCGCCGCGCCCGCCGGCACAUCGACCACCGCCGCCGCCGCCCACAACAAGCGCGCCCUGACCUUCCGGCCGUACAACUCGUUCCAGAUCUCCGACGGCGUUGGCGGCGGCGCCCUCCAGGCCGUCAACGCCGCCUUUCCCGUCGGCAACGACCCGGCCUCCAUCUCCGCCGCGGACCUCGCCGUCCUCAAGGCCGCCCGCCAGACGGCCGAGAACGCCGAGUCGGCCUUCAACGACGCCAUCUCCGCCGCGGGCGGCACCAAGUCCGCCGCCGGUGCCCCCCUGCAGGUCGGCAAGAUCCGCAACAAGGUCCUCAAGCUGCGCCUCUUCGAGAUGGUCGUCUCGGCCGAGCAGGCCGCGGGGAGGGGCGGCGCGGCGGCGGCAGGGGCCAAGCUCGCCGACAUCCGCAAGAAGCUCGCCAGCAACGUCGCCACCGACACCAAGAGCGCCGGCCAGGCCAGCAAGGGCGUCGCGUUCGCUGCCGAUGUCCGGCCUAAGGCUUGA